AUCCCGGGAGGUUUUUCUCAUGGGCCACUGCUGGAUUGAGUGACUGGAGAGCUCAUCAGGAAGGAUGAGAGAUCUUCUCCAGUACGUUGCAUGUUGCUUGGCAUUUUUCUCUGCUGGGUUUUUGAUUGUGGCCACCUGGACAGACUGCUGGAUGGUGAAUGCUGAUGACUCCCUGGAGGUUAGUACAAAGUGCCGUGGCCUCUGGUGGGAGUGUGUCACAAAUGCUUUUGAUGGCAUUCGCACGUGUGAUGAAUAUGACUCUAUACUGGCUGAGCAUCCCUUGAAGCUGGUGGCGACCCGGGCUCUGAUGAUCACAGCAAACAUCCUAGCCACCCUCGGCUUCCUCUCUCUGCUGCUUGGGCUGCACUGCGUGAAGUUCCUCCCCAAUGAACCUCUCAUCAAAGUCCGCAUCUGCUUUGUCGCGGGAAUCCUGCUGGUCAUCGCAGGUGUUCCUGGGAUUGUCGGCUCCGUGUGGUAUGCCAUCGAUGUCUACGUGGAACGCACCUCCCUGGUUCUACACAACAUAUUUCUGGGCAUCCAGUACAAGUUUGGCUGGUCCUGUUGGCUUGGGAUGGCAGGGGCCCUGGGAUGCCUUUUGGCUGGAGCCAUCCUUACUUGCUGUUUCUAUCUCCUUAAAGAUUUGGGGACAGAGAGGAGCUAUGCUUAUUCCAUAAGGAACACCUACUCUCAUGCUGGGAUCUCAAUGGCUAAGUCCUUUGCCCCGACUCGAACAGAGACUGCCAAAAUGUAUGCUGUGGAUACAAGAGUGUGA